CCUUGACGACCAGGCGGCCUGCAACGGCGGCGGGGUUUAGUCGUUGAGCGGGCCUGGGAACCAGGACCCUGCGGACCUCGCCCAACUCGGCCGGCCCCUGCCGGAGUCAGUCCCAGCUUACUCCGAACAGGGACUAUGAGAAAAUGGUCGGGCAAACGAGGAGUAAGCUCAAUGAAGCGGCUUCAGAGCCGUUGCAUUCACCCCGCUCCACGCAGUAUAAGCGGCGGCGCCGGGCCACCGGAGCUGGGGAGCCGGAGUUGGAGGAGGAACCGAAGGAGGAGGUGAAAAAGCCCCAGCUGCCUUUGCCUGUAGGCGGGGGGAACCUGCCAGGGGGCGCCCGGAGAUACUCGCCGCGAAGGACCCGAAACCUGAACGCGCAGAAUUGCAUGCAGCUGGAGGUGGUCUCAAAGACACUUGUUCUGGACCGCUUCCAAUUCCUCAGCUGUUUCCUGGAGCAACUCCGCGACAAGGUGCAUCUAUUGCAGAGACGUCAGUUCACGGGCAGGAUCACCUUCUGCAUAGCUGUCUUUGUGGGAGUUUUGCACUGGAUGCAUUUGGUAACACUUUUUGAAAAUGAUCGUCAUUUUUCUCACCUCUCAUCUUUGGAACGGGAGAUGACUUUUCGCACUGAAAUGGGACUUUAUUAUUCCUACUUCAAGACCAUUAUUGAAGCGCCUUCAUUUUUGGAAGGACUGUGGAUGAUUAUGAAUGACAGGCUCACUGAAUAUCCCCUUGUAAUUAAUACAGUGAAACGCUUCCAUCUUUAUCCAGAGGUGAUUAUAGCCUUCUGGUAUCGCACAUAUAUGGGAAUAAUGAAUUUAUUUGGGUUAGAAACUAAGACCUGCUGGAAUGUGACCAGAAUAGAACCUCUAAAUGAAGUUCAAAGCUGUGAAGGAUUGGGAGACCCUGCUUGCUUUUAUGUUGGUGUGAUUUUUAUUUUAAAUGGAAUAAUGAUGGGAUUGUUCUUCGCAUAUGGUACAUACUUGAGUGGGACUCACCUUGGAGGUCUAAUUACAGUAUUAUGCUACUUUUUCAACCAUGGAGAGGCUACUCGGGUGAUGUGGACACCACCUCUCCGGGAAAGUUUCUCAUAUCCAUUUCUGGUACUUCAGAUGUACAUUUUAACUAUGAUUCUCAGGACCUUGAACAACAGUAGAAGAUUUUUUGUUGCACUGUGCCUUUCCAAUGUUGCUUUUAUGCUUCCCUGGCAAUUUGCUCAGUUUAUACUUUUUACACAGAUAGCUUCAUUAUUUCCUAUGUAUGUUGUGGGGUACAUUGAGCCAAACAAAUUUCAGAAGAUCAUCUAUAUGAACAUGAUUUCAGUUCUCCUUUGUUUUGUGUUGAUGUUUGGAAAUCCAAUGUAUUUAUCGUCUUAUUAUUCUUCAUCUUUGUUAAUGACAUUGGUGAUAAUUCUAAAGAGAAAUAAACUUCAAAGAUUGGGAGUAUCUGAACUCCACUUUUGGGUAAUUCAAGGUUGUGCUUGGUUUUGUGGAACAAUCAUUUUGAAAUUUCUGACAUCUAAAAUUUUAGGUGUUUCAGACCAUAUACGCCUGAGUGACCUUAUAGCAGCCAGAAUCUUAAGAUACACAGAUUUUGAUACUUUAAUUUACACUUGUGCUCCUGAAUUUGACUUCAUGGAAAAAGCGACACCACUGAGAUACACAAAGACAUUAUUGCUUCCGGUUGUUAUGAUGAUUACUUAUUUUAUCUUUAAAAAGGCCUUUCGUGAUAUUUUGUGUGUGUUAUCUACAAACACUUAUCUAAGAAAACAGCUCCUUGAACAUGGCGAGCUUAUUUUUCACACAUUGCAGUUUUUUGCAUUUUCUUCCCUUGCCAUUUUAAUUAUGAGGCUGAAGCUGUUUUUGACACCUCACAUGUGUGUUAUGGCUUCCCUGAUAUGCUCUCGGCGGCUCUUUGGCUGGCUUUUUUGCAGAAUUCGUUUUGAAAAUUUUAUCUUUGGCAUUCUAACAGUGAUGUCAUUACAAGGUUGUGCAAACCUCCAUAAUCAAUGGAGCAUAAUAGGAGAAUUUAAUAAUUUGCCCCAGGAAGAACUAAUACAGUGGAUCAAAUACAAUACCAGACCAGAUGCUGUUUUCGCAGGUGCCAUGCCUACAAUGGCAAGUGUCAAGCUCUCCACUCUUCACCCCAUUGUGAAUCACCCACAUUAUGAGGAUGCAGACUUGAGGGCUCGGACAAAAAUAGUUUAUUCUGCAUAUAGUCGAAAACCUGCCAAAGAAGUGAGAGAUAAGUUGUUGGAGUUACACGUGAAUUACUACAUUUUAGAGGAGGCAUGGUGUGUUGUGAGAACUAAACCAGGUUGCAGUAUGCUUGAAAUCUGGGAUGUGGAAGACCCUUCCAACUCAGCUAACCCUCCCUUAUGUAGCGUCUUGCUCAAGGAUGCGAGGCCUUACUUCACCACAGUGUUUCAGAAUAGUAUGUACAGAGUAUUAAAGGUUAACUGAGAAUAAGACCACCCUUUACACCGGGGUGCAAAGAAGUGUGACAAAGAUAGCCACUUUAGUUUAUUUACAUUAAUAAAAACAAGCUUUAAUAAGGGACCCUUAAAAAGAAGAUAAUAAAAAUGAUCUAAAGUUUUUCUGAUUAAAUUAUUUCAUUAUUUUCAAUUGAAUGUCCACCUUAUUAAGCUUGUCAUAUAAAUGACUAAAUCAUUUCAUACUCCAUAAACAAAUCUUCAUCUUAAAGUUUUAAAGAAAAUAUAUAUGUAAAAGAACAAAGAAAUUUAAUAAGUCAAGGAUUUGUAAGUCCUUUUGUAUCCAACUAGGUGAAUUACUUCAGAUUUUCUCUAGUACCAGGAGGUACCAGCUCAAACUCUAAACCACUUAGAACAGACUUAAUGCAGUUUCUGAAAUGACACUUCCUUAAGAUCCCAGUACUGAUCACAACCUCUUUACCUCUGUGAGAAAAUUUGUUUGUAACCAUGAGUUUUUUAAGGUUGUUUUUGCUUUUACUAGCCUUCAGGAAAGAUCUUUAAUAGCUUUUAAUGACUUUAUUAUCAUUUAAAGUUUUUUUUAAAGCUUAUUUUGUAAUGUUUUGAAUCUCUUUAAAUUUAUUUAUCCAACCAGGUAUUUUCGAAACACUGAUUAGUUCUCAACUUAAGUUCACCAAGUUAUUAAUCUGUCUUCGGAAUCCAGUGGUUUUUCUUUUAAUAUCCAAGUAAAGUAAAAAUUGUUACAGGACGCAGCCAAAUUCAGGGGUUAAACAUAAUCAGAAAAGAAAAUCCAGUUAAAUGUAUCAAAUGAGACUGUAAGAGUCUAGGUCUUGAAUGAAGCAAAGGCAUUUUCAUCUUGACAGCCCUAUGGCUCCUUGGACAUAGUCUCUUUUUUUGGUCACCAUCUUUUGUAAUAGUAUGUUUUUAAGUCUUCAUUUCUUUUGGUUUUGGAUGAGGAAGGUGAUGUUUUAUAAAUCCUCUUCCCCAAUAUAAAACCUUCCAAUAAUAAUGCUUUGAAAAGUGGUAAAUAGUUAUCUUGAAGAGAUUGUGGCCAAAUGGAAAGAUAAACAUCCUCUCUCUGCUUGGUAUAUAUUAAAUAUGCCAUAUCUGUAGUAUUUUAAUGUACAUCUUCUUUAAUCAUCUUGGAAUUCUUGUAAUUCCCUUAUGUUUUUGACCCUCUACAUUUGAGAUAACAAAAUGACUUAAUUCCAUAGAUUAGUUCAUUUAUAAUAGUAGAAAAUUAUAUAUAUAUAUAUAAAAUAUAUACAGGAAGACCAAUAAAAUUAUUUUUCAACUAUUAUAGUCGUAAAAUAUUUUAAUACAAGAUACAAAACAGCUAAGAAAGCAUACCAAGUUUUAUUUAUAUUUGCAUUUUCAAAUAAUUCAUCUUGUUAUAAGUAUGGGGCAAAGAGGAAAAGGAGACAUGAUACCUAACAUUCAUAAAAAUUGAAAUACAUUUUGGAUGAUAUUUUCAUAAGAAAUAUUUUUUAAAAGUUGGUAGAAUUUUGUAAAAGAACUGUAUUAACUAAUAAAAUAUUCAAUAUAAAUAUAGUUACAUGGAUUUAUAUAUAGGGAAACAAAAUUAUUUUCAACUUUUAUAGUUGUAAAAUAUUUUAAUACAAGAUACAAAUCAGCUAAGAGAGCAUGACAUAUUUUACUUAUUUUAGCAUUUUCAAACAAUUUGUUUUGGUGUCAGUGUGAGGCAAAAAGGGAAAAGAGAUACAACCUCUAACAUUCGUGAAAUUAAAUUAACACAUUUUUCAUAGGCAACAUUUUAAAGAAGUUGGUAGAAUUUAACAACAAAAAUGGAUUAACUAAAAAUGUAUUAACUAAAAAUGUUUCGUAUAAAUAUAAUUUAUUAACGUGGAUUCAUGUUAUUUUCAUGUGCUAUUUAUGUUUAACAUUAAAAAAGCCCUUG